GUAUUUGAUGUCCAUUUGGGAGCAUCGACCAUUACUGGAAUAUAUGAGCUCCCGUCCAGCUGAACAGCUCAACCAGCUCUACUCGUCACCAGCUGUAGCUUUUGCUCUUUUUCGAUUUCUUCCAGAGCUUGCGCAAGAAUUCUUCCUCAAAGCUCUGUGGCUAAAAGAUGUCGGCAAUAAAUGGUAUCCGGUAUACCGUCAUUCUUAUCUACGAGCAAUUCGCAUGGGCCUGUAUCGGGCAUCAAAACUUGACGUGGUAACCGAUUGUGACGAGAAAACUCGAAAAUCAGCAAACAAGGAUCUGGGCAAGAAGGCCUCCGAACGUUGGGAAUGUAUUCUUCAUUACCUGGCAUUACCGUCGCAGAAAAGCGAACAGGGUGUCAGUAGCACGACAAAAAUGCUUUUUCGGACCGCCGGUUUGACCAGUUAUGAUGAAGAGCAAAUUUGGACCUAUCUUUUGCAUUAUUUUCAUAUGCAAGAAGCAACCGGCAACGAUAUCACUGCUGAAAUUGAGUUUUUGCUCAGGUUAACACUUUGCGUUGGUAGUACAAGCUCAAAUAUUGGCAACAACCAUGGUUCCGGUGAUAAAGAACGGCAGAGCAGCAGCGGCCGUGCAUUUCGAAUUGAUGAAACCUGGUCGGAGCCGGUAAAAGGUUUUCUGAUGCAUCUGCGAGAACUGGGACUAAUUUUUAUUCGGAAGAGAAAAGACGGGUUUUUCUUCCUAACUCCUUUACUAAACCAUUUGACGAAUACCUCGGAUACAUCUGAAAUGAGUUUGGAGAAGCGUAAUCAGAAUGGUUUUAUUGUUGUGGAAACAAAUUAUCGCGUUUAUGCGUAUACCAGUUCAAGCCUGCAGCUUGCAAUACUCUCAACAUUUACUGAAAUGCUUUACAGGUAAAU